AUGUUGUCAUCGUCGCGCGGCGCGCCCUGCGUAGCUUCACGGUGAAAAUCUGGCGUGAACGGUUCCGCGGUGGAACGGGGAAUAUGGCGUCGGUCUCGGCCGAGACUCCAGCCAGCCAUGGGCACAGCUUCAGUAAGAAAACGUUUCACAAGCCGACGUACUGCCAUAGCUGCACAGACAUGCUCUGGGGCCUCAUACAGCAGGGGUACAUCUGCGAAGUGUGUAACUUCGUGGUGCACGACCGCUGUCUCAAGGCCGUCGUCUCUCCCUGCUCCAGCAUCGCGGCAAGCCUGAUUAAGAACCCGGUUGCACACUGUUGGUCUGAACAAGUACACCGUAAAAGAAAAUUCUGCAAUGUCUGUCGGAAACGAUUGGAUGAUAAUCUAUCCGUACACUGUGAAAUAUGCGAGUACUUCGUACACGUAGAAUGCCAAGACUUCGCAGUGGCAGACUGUAAGGAGAAUGCCACAUAUUUACCUGGGAAGGACCUGUCAGCGGUGAAACACACUCAUCAUUGGCGGGAAGGCAAUCUUCCAAGCAACUCGAAAUGUGCCCUGUGCAAGAAGAGUUGUUUUUCUACCGAGUGCCUUUCUGGGUUUCGUUGCGAAUGGUGCGGCAUAACGUUGCACGCGUAUUGUUACAAGAAUAUUCCCCAAGAAUGCACCUUUGGUAACUUGGAACCAAUUUACCUGCCGCCACAUGCAGUUAGUAUUCCGCGUACCGAAGUUCCCAUGGAAGCCAUCAUCGGAGUACAAGUGCGUCGUAAAGAAGUGCUGGCGCGUGAGUAUUCUUGCCAUAACAUCGGAGAGCAAUUCGAUUUCGCUGAGAGUGAACAAAAUGGGGCUGCAGGCCGCCUAGCCGAAGCUUUGAGGCGCCUUUCGCUAGUUUUGCCACGUAGCUGCCAUGGAAAUUGUCAUGCUUCCCCUCCUUAUGUUCGAGCGCGGAGCAUAUCAGAAGAAUUUAAUACGGAUGCAAGGUAUCGUGACAAUGGAGAACCGGUACAAGGUACAGCGCAUGGCCGUGAUCCGCGUUCUCCUAAAGAGAAAGAAGAAAAAGAAAGAGGUGACGAAGAGAUGAUCAAGGUGUAUGAUGGCAACAACUCCUUGAGGCGACGAAUAUUUCGGGUAAUCUCGGUGCCCAGGCAGGCUACAACGGAGCAGGUUCUCACGUCGGCACUGCGUGCAUUUCACAUCACAAAAGAUCCUACCGAUUUUUACUUAACCGACUUGUAUGCCUCGGAUGAAACUGAGCUGUGCGACCCGACGCCCAUCUUAAAUUUAAAUCGCAAAGAAGGCAAACGUCCGGCAGUCUUCUUACGAUUUAAAAAUAAAGACAGCGGCGAGGUGCGGGUUUAUCCAGGCAAAUUGCAAAUAUCAGAGUCAUUCUGUAUAGUACCUGUCACCGAAGCAACAACCGUCGCAGACUCAAUAAACGAGGCACUGGAGAAAUUUGGUUUACAAAAUUUUAAUUGCGAUGAUUAUAGAUGCAGUGAAAUUCUUUUGGAUCGUGGUGUGACGGAGAGAGUUUUGUCGUGGGACGAAAGACCGUGGGAUAUUGUAAAACAGCUGGGAAAAGAUUCUAUCAGGCAAAUGGAGCUGAUGCGGUUCUAUCUACAGUUGAAGCAGGACCCUCAUGGACCUAACUUGGCUUUAUUCGUGGGGAAUCUACCGCCAAAUCUUUCUGAAAGAAGCUACGAGAACAUGUUAACGGAAUUUUUAGGCAAAGAAAAUAGAUUCUCAUCGAUUGGCCCAAUUUAUUAUGAAUAUGGUUCGAUGGUCAUCAUUUAUGAAGAUUCAAACAAAGCAGUCAGAGCGUUAUAUGCGUUACGAGAGUCGAAAUACGAAGACAAACAUCUUUUAGUAAUGCUCCUGCCGAGUAUCGAGCCGAGUAUGGUACCAGCGGGCGUCCAACCGUUGCUUGUGUUCGUCAAUGUGAAAUCUGGCGGCUGUCAAGGGCUCCAACUAAUUUCUAGUUUUCGUAAACUGUUAAAUCCUUAUCAAGUGUUUGAUCUAGAUAAUGGCGGACCUCUGCCAGGACUUUACGUUUUUCGUCACAUAAAGGAUUACAAGAUAUUAGUUUGCGGUGGUGAUGGAACAAUAGGCUGGGUGUUACAAUGUUUAGAUAAUGUGGGUCAGGACAGCGAGUGCUCUUCUCCCGCAUGCGCUAUUGUACCUUUGGGGACGGGAAACGACCUUGCUCGUGUACUAUGUUGGGGUUCAGGAUAUACGGGCGACGAGGAUCCGCUGAAUUUAUUACGGGACGUUAUCGACGCGGAAGAAAUAAUAUUGGACAGGUGGACCGUAGUUUUUCAUACAGAAGAGAAGGAACAAACUCAAGUGGUUUGUAACGCUGCAGGAGCUGGUUCAACUAGCGAAGACAAUACGCAAAUAUAUGUAAUGAAUAAUUAUUUUGGCAUCGGCGUCGACGCAGACCUAUGUCUGGACUUUCACAACGCGAGGGAGGAAAAUCCAAACAAGUUCAAGAGCAGAUUGCGAAAUAAAGGCGUAUACGUGACGAUGGGCUUGCGUAAAAUGGUCAAGCGUAAACCGUGCAAGGACUUACACAGAGAAAUUCGGUUAGAAGUAGACGGCAAAGUGGUCGAGUUACCGCAAGUGGAGGGAAUAAUUAUUCUGAAUAUUUUAAGUUGGGGCUCCGGUGCUAAUCCUUGGGGCGCGGAUACGAAAGAAGAUCAAUUUUAUACACCAAAUCAUUGGGACGGUAUGUUAGAAGUUGUAGGAGUCACAGGUGUUAUACAUCUCGGGCAAAUACAGUCGGGUCUACGGACGGCUAUGAGGAUAGCACAGGGCGGACACAUAAAGAUUCACACUUACUCGGACUUACCUGUACAAGUAGACGGUGAACCGUGGAUUCAGAGUCCCGGCGACAUUGUGGUCUUAAAGUCAGCGCUCAAGGCCACGAUGCUGAAGAAGACUAAGGGUAAAAUGAAGCGGCGUAACACAGAAUCCAGCAUGCAGCUGUCGCUUCAGGCCGCACCGUCGAGCGAUCCGGACGAAGACAUCUUCUGAGUGGACAAACAUUAUGUGAAAGUGAUGAAACACGUUGUGGUAACGUGAGCGCGCGGCCACACAGACGAACUCGAUCGAUUAGCGUACGUAAAUAAAAUAAAAUCGGCCUCGAAAAAUCGUCCGCUGUACGAACUUAACCAUUAAGUACUUACCUACAACGCGCAAAACACUCGAGGAGAAACCAAGGGGGCAGGUAGAUAAGGUUUUCAAAUACACGGAAUACACAUAAUAUACCGCAUAAAAUCCCAUUAUCAAUUCAAUGAUUCUUAAUGUUUGUUCUUACAUUAAUAGAAGAGGAAAAAUAGAUCUCAUUUUUAAAUGUUAAUAAUUAUAGCACUGUAUGUAGCUUAUCGAUCAAUAUUUUUUUAGUAAAAUUAUAAUAGAUUUUAACAUAGUAACACGUUUACCGCAAACACACACACACAUACAUGGACACACAUACACGUACAUCAAGCAGUAUUGACGGAAGUUACACGCUUACUUAUGAUGAUGUUUAAUUUGUAUUUAUGUUCCGAAGCUUGGUAGUUGAAGAAUGGAAAAAAAAAAAAACGGAAAGUGUCGUAAUGUAUAUUACGUUUCGUAUGGUAUUUCACCGAUCUACACAGUAUUACGAUACGAAACGUGUAUCGCGCACGAUGUAAAGCGGAAACCAGUCAGUUGUUAAUAAUAAUAUAUAUAGAAUAUUUAUGAUUAAAUAUUAAUAUAUAUUUACAUAAUAUUGUAUUAGUAUUUGCGAUAUUAAGUUGUGAUAAUUGUUAUGUAACGUUCUGACUGCUGGGCAGUCUGGAAUUCGCUGAAAACCAGUUGGCAGUCAGAGUUUUCCUAGGAUACGAUUAGUAAGAAUGGUAAUUAAUGUAAUUUUUCGUAACGAUAAGACCGCACUGCGGGCUAAGCGCUUUGCCGAUCCGUCUUCGCGGCGAGGGUUGUAAACGUGUAAACGGCUUGUGAAAUGCACGCGGGCAGCGUCGAUGAGAGUCGGAUUGGCAAUGUACUCACCUCUCACACACUGGCUCUGACAGACUCCCGUGACGAUGAAGUUUGGCGGUGCCGAGCCGCCGAGUAUACAUUCCAUUCUGUAACACGGCGCAAAAGCGGACGGAUAAAAUAUGUAUAUUUCUAAACUAUGCCAAAGAGAAAAAAAAAAACACAUCUGUACACACGCGAGCGUACUUAAAGGGGAGGGGGGGGGGCGAAAAAAAACCACCGGGACGCGACGUCGCUCGUAAUCGAGCGUUCGUGAACGGGCGACGAUCAGGACAGGACCACGCGAAUCGGAGGCGACACUUGUUUUCGAGCUUCCACGAUUCCGAUAUCCUCAGUGCGCCGACACCGAGUCACCGAGUGCUAAACCAUUGAUCGUGAGCGAUCAUCGUACGGGCACACGACACUUCUCUACCUGAUGAUAUCAGCUUGAAACACACAUAGGCGUACACACGUUCACGUUGGACCUUCACUGGCAUCGUGCGAUUGAAAGACAAACACAACUUCGGUGCCAAAUCAAUUGUAUAUAAUAUUAUAAAAGUAGGGACUAUAUAAGACGAAUUUGCCAGUGUUAAAAUCGCGACGGCAUUUAAUGCGACGGGGAAGGGAGGAAGAGAGAAAGUAGUGCUGCAACUGCGCGAGGUACUUUUUAAUGUUCAAGGGUACCUUCUGGGAAGGACCCUUUUGAAAAUUACGUACGUUGCGUUGUUUCGUGUAAACGUUUCAAAACAAAUGUACAGCGCGUACCUUUGAUACGUGAGAGUAAUCAAAGGAGGACGAUAGGACUCUUAGUACGCUUUUAGUACGCGCUGUGAAAACUUAGUUAAUUAUCUAACUAGACCUCUCUUGGAUGUCUUCGAUUAUGAAAAAAAAUGAUUAUCAAAAAAAAAAGAGAAUUAAUCACCACCAACCAAAUUUAAAGAAAUAAAAAAAAGAAAAAAAAAAGAAACGGAGGCCAUCAUGUCCGGAUGAUUGAUCCGGCCUCCGUGUCACAACCUGCCAAUGAUGCAGACAAGGCUCAGUUGUUCAUGUUAUAUCCGGUGCGUCGACAUGAAUAAUUGCAUCGGCGGCAGAUUGGAGAGAACUUUGUUAAUUAAUUUGACCAACUAUAUAUUUGCUGUUGCUAUAAAAAAAAUAGAGAAACAAUAAGCUAUGAACAAUCUACGUAUAAUAAAUCAAUGUAUGUGCUACAAGA